GAUGACGGCUAUACCUUUACUAUUGUAUCUUCUAAUGAACAAUCAUGGCAGUUUGAAGUGAAAAACUUAACGGAGAGAGACGAAUGGAUUACUGGUAUUCAGGAACAAAUUAUGCAAUCCUUACAGAGUGCUCCCAGUCGCAAGAACACGUUGGAUGAUGUAAAUAGCGAAAUCGCGAUAGUUCGAACAUUGAGAAAAGUUAAUGGAAAUUUCAAAUGUGUCGAUUGUAGAUCUGAAAAUCCAGAUUGGGCUUCUUUAAAUUUAGGAACCUUAAUGUGUAUCGAAUGUUCAGGUCUACAUCGUAAUUUAGGAGCUCAUAUUUCAAGAGUUAGAUCGUUGACUUUAGAUUCUUGGCCGGCUAUUAAUCUAUCCGUAAUGAGUGCCAUUGGCAAUCAUACGGCCAAUAAAGUCUGGGAAGCAAAUUUUCACAAUCAUACCAAAAUAGAUUCAAAAUCUUCUAGAGAAGAUAAGGAAAAAUUUAUCCGCGCAAAAUAUGAACAGAAAUUAUUCUUGGCACCACUGCCGGACAGCAAAACUAGUCUCUCGACACAGCUGAUUAAGGCAGUUCUUAAAAAUGAUUUACAACACUUUCUUCGCGUCCUGGCUUAUUGUACACCGGACGAUAUUAAUAAGAAAUAUAAGCUUAAUGAUAGUAGGACUGCUCUUCACUUCAGCUGCGCUGUCGCCAAUCCGGUGAUGGCUCAACUACUGAUAUGGAAUAAUAUCGAUACUACAUUGCAAGACAGUCAUGGUUAUACCGCUAAUGAUUAUGCUCGUGCUGCAAAUUCUGACGAAUGCAUUGAAGUUCUAGUCAGUAACGAUUCAUCACAAGAAACAUCUACUGCUAAGACGUUAUAUCUUACUAAAGAAUUAUUUGUCACAAGUAAUAAGGAAAGAGAUCGAAAUCAUAGCAGUAUAGUUUAA